GAUCCCACUAUAAAAGGUCCAGUCACCGUCCACUCUUUCAUCUCACAGAAAGGAUAACUUCAUCAGCAAAUCUUUUUCCCAAAACGCUAAAGGAUGAUUAGAUUGCAAAAAUUUUGUGUGGCUUGUUGGUUGUUUGUUAUAUUUCUAAAAGCAACAGAAGCAACCGAUUCUGUUUCAAAACCAAACGAUCAGAGCGAAAGAAAAGCUCGUGCCUGGCUCCAUCAUGCCCACCCGGGUCCCCCAAUGCUUCUUCAGCAGCACCAACAGGCACCCGUGUCCACUAGUCUACCAAUCGAUGCCGCUCUACAGCAGAAUUCCAACCCACAUCAGCCAAGCGAUCCAAAUGGUUUGAAUCGAAAUUAUGAAGAUCCAGAUAAAUCUGCAAUGCCAGCUGCCUCUGAACAAGAUUUCUUGUCCAGACAUUUUGGAUACUUGAAUGUCCACAGAUUCGAUCCAAACUUUCCAUAUUAUGACAGAAACGUCUUUCCAAGAUUUCCCUCUCCUCAACUAUCUCCUCACACUCCCAGAUUCGGACCAGGUUACAGAAAGGACAAGUAUGGACACGGUUAUGGCUACAGCUGCAAGCAAGGAGAUGACUGCGACGAGGUUAGGGCAGCAAAUCAACUCGCUGCUGCCCAACCACCCCCUCACAUGACGCAUCCUCAUCCACACAAUCCCGGAUUGCCCUUUGGUAACAACUACCCAGAGCUCUCUCCAUACCCAAGUUUACCAUCUUUUCAAGGAAUGUCUUCUUUCUCACCCUACGGUGGACAGUUUGGCCCAGCACCAGCUCGAUUCAACGAUCCUCAAGGACCACCACCCAUGAUGCCAUCCAUGUACCCGGGUGGUCCAAGCAGAUUCUACCAAGGGCGGUACUUACACGAUGAAGAGCCUAACAAUAAAGGUACCCCUGUGAAUAACAACAACCAGGAAGCACCUGUGAACAACCCUUUCAAAGGUUUGCCGGUCAAUGGAAACCAAAAAAGCGUGCCAGUGAAUAAUAAUUACAAAGGAAUACAACAGAGCAGAAAAAUUCAGGGUGGUCCAGAAGAUAGUCAGAAAACAAUUGACGAAAGGAGAUAAACUUUUAUUUUCUAUUGGAACUCAAAAAAAUGCAUCUGAAUUCGUGUGGAAAUCACAUCGUAUCAUCAUUUUUAUAGAUUUAAAAAAAAAAUGACAUUUGAACUUGUUGACAAUUGAAGCAAUUUUCUGGACACCACAGGAAAACUGUUGUUAGCAUAAAAUACUAGUACCCUCGGAGUUAAAGGGUAAUGGGGGUACUAGGUUAUUGAAAAUUCUCUCAUUUUGAUCAAUUAAUUAAAUAUAACUAAAAUUUAGAGGCGCGCUCUGUAGCUGGAAAUUUUUUUUCGCGGUUUAAGGGAAAUGCAAAUUGAUAUCGAGCUUUAUUCAAGAUUGUUAUUCAGUCAUUUAGAUCAAUGGACAAUUUCAAUCAAUGGAUCAAUUCAAUCAUUUAGAGACACUUUUGUGUACGAAAAUAUUUCCAUAACUGGUUUUAGACAGCGCUAUUACUUUUACGCAAAAAUUGCAAAACUUUAAGAAAAAAAUUCAAAUUGAAAAAGAAAUCACUGAUAUGCAUUACAAAGAGGUAAAGAUAUAUGAAAAUGAGAACUAGAAAUACUAUAAUUAAUGACCUUGAGUAAAAAAAUUUUUACAUUAAAAUAUUGGCAUAGAAAGUGGAAAUUUGCCCGAAACUAUUUACUUUUUAAUACAAAUUUUAAGGCUUAUAAUUAACACAAAUUUUAAGGCUUACAAAUUAUAUUGCUAUAAAGUAUGAAUGCUUGCUACUUAUCCGUCGGCUUGGUAUCAGACGAAACUUGGCGAAAUUGCACUGCCACCUUAAUCAAAAAUUGCCACAACUCAUAGAAUCAUUUUUACAUCGUCUUACUUAAAAAUUAUUCAUUUCUUUCGGUAAAUUGGGAAUGCUUUGUUUCUUCGUCAUUAUACAAUUGCCAAAUUGUGAAGUUCACCCUAGCGUUUUAAUAAACAAUUAGUAAAUUUUUCUAAAAUAAAUAAAUAAUAAUAACCUUUUUUAAAGAUAAUCUCUAAGGAUGCUAUUGACAUCUUCAAGGUAAUUAAGUUUAACCCUUUGACUGCUAACUGCUCUAAAUUGAAACGAUCGCUGGGGAUUAGAUAUCUUUUCGCGCAAUAUUCAUUUUAUCGGUAGUGUAUUAAAACAUGUUAAUAUUGUGUAUUAUAUUAACAUGUUAAUAUAAUACACAAUGCAAAUACCAUUAUUACUUUCAUAUAUAUUGUAUUUUCAAUGUAUAUAGUUUAUUCACCAAUGAUCAAGUUCUAAAGCAGCAUAAUUUGUUUGUUAUAAUAUGUGAUAAUUGAAUUUAUGAAUUUUGGAUAGCUGUCAAAUUAAACGAAAUUUCAAUUUUUCUCGUUUCUAAGCAACGAGGUAUGACGUAUGUUGGACGUAUGCGAGAGCAAUAUAUUCAGAACAUGCAAACAGUCUUCGCCGAACACUGAUGGCUUGCGUGGGUCGCACAAAUGCACCAAUAGGCCACACAGAUGGUUUUCGCUAAACGCAUAUAUACACCCACAGCAGUUAAAGGAUUAAUCCUAAGUUAAUUAUUUUGAAACUUAGCGGUCAUUUUUGGCUCAGAGAUUUACAUCUGGCACCCAGUUAGCGGAUUAAAACUGAAUUAUUUACUUUUUUAGACUAAAAAAAAACUACCAAAACGUUCCUUUCAUUUCAUACGUAUGUGUAAAGAAAGAAUAUAAUAGAGUAAGAAUCCAACUUAAUUUUCUUCGAUGGAACUGAGAAUCAAAUUUGCUUUAAAGUAGCUUUUUUCGCCCAAAACAGAAUAAUUUUAAUUUAAAUUAAGAAAUACUUCGACACAAACCGGUGUGUUUUCAUUAAUUUUGAUAGAAAAAAAGUAGUAAGUUCCUUAUAAGGACUUACUAAUUUAAGAAACAAUUCAAUUACCAUAGGCUGUAACAACGCUGCAAGUUUUUUAAAGUAUGUGUUUUGGAGCCUUGAAAAGUUUCUGAGCCAAAUACAAAUACGUAACAAGGUUAUAAUGUAUUGUUUGGUUCCGAAACUUAUUAUUGCACCAAGGAUCAUAUUUUAAAAACUUGAUCUAAAGUUGUCUGGAUUACGGUACUAAAAAAGCAACUUACUUUUACUAAUAUAUACAAUAAAAAUAUCCACUCUGUUGGAUAUUUACUAAUACCAAUAUUAAAAAAAAGAUCAAACAUAAUUUUUGUUUAUUAUAUUAUAUGUGAAUUUAUUGUAAAAUAUUUGUUUGUUUUAUUUACCGAAUUUAUAUUUGAAUAAGAUGAAAUUGUAUUUGUUUUUAAAUAAAAAUUUAUAUGAAACAAAAAAUGCUUAUGGAACUUAUAAUGAAACUUGGUGAAGCCAUUGAGUAAAACUCAUUUCAUGGAAAAUGAUUUGAAUUUUGUGUGUUAAAUAAAACUAAUAAACUCUAA